GUCGCGCCUGAUCGCAUCAAAGGCAGGGUGGCUCUGUUCUGAGACCCGAGACGAGCAGGUCGACGGGCCCCGCAUGACGGCUGCAAGCGCUCCUAGCGCUGCCAUCAUCGCUUCCCAAGUCAAGCGACGCAGAAAGAACCCGCUUGGCAAGGGUGAAUCCUCUCGAGAGGCAUCUGAGGAGUCCAACGGUGAGGAGGACUCGAGGGCGGGCAGCAAGGCGCACGGCGGCAGCAACGAAGAUGACGAGACGGAUGAUGUGCAGUCCAUCAUUGCCGCACCUGGCAUCAUCGGUCAAGGUCAAGGUGGCUCGCUCGCCCAUCCCCAGACAGAGAGACUCGCCGAAUCAGCCAGCAUGGAAGUACAGUCCAGCUCCUCCUCGAUCGGCAUAGCACCUGCGACGUCAGCCGUGCCACCGCCAGCGACAGAGUCCACCCAUUUCGCCGGCCAUGUACCUCAGCACACUGAAAUGCAGGCCGAUUCUGCAGAAUUGACGGGCAGGACGACGACGAUGAGCAAGGCUGCACUGGGCCGUGCCAGAGGCACUCAGGUCGGCGGGGCAAAGCCAGAUGCUUCGCAUGUCAUCACAGACGACGACAGCAGUGCAUCCACCUAUGACGGCGACAUCUCCUCCACCACAGCCUCGACAUCUCGCGUCUCUCGUACCCACGGCACUCAUCACGGACAUGUCCAUGGUCAGAUCAGCCGGAACGCUGGCGUCUACGGUCACGCUCAUAACAACAGCUCCCUGUCUGACAUUGGCGGGCCGAGUGCGAGGAUGGCCUUGGCUGCCUCCGCUACGCCUCCCGCCCAGCUCAGCAAUCUGCCCACACGCUCAGCCAUUGCAUCCCCUGGCAGCAACAAGAAGCAAGCAGCACCCUCACUGCCAUACGCGCCCGAUCAUGCUCUGUUACAACAGCAUCGCGAGACUUCCGAUGUCAUACCCACAGAUCCCUCUAGCUCAUCUGGCUCCGCUAACCUCGAUGACGGGCAAGAGGAUAGCUUGCAAAGACUAGCCCAGCAAAAUGUAGCUCGCUACGAGGCUGCACAAGCUUCCGCCCAUCCGCCUGCACCUCACGGCUUCCUCGGCCGCAUCACGGCAGAAGACAUGCAAAAGCACAUGGCCGACGCAAUCUCUGGUCUCUCUUCUUCGUCUGUUCAUCGAACUUACAAGAUCAACCUACCACCGCAAGACCGUCCGAUCAGGAUAUACGCUGAUGGCGUCUACGAUCUCUUCCAUUAUGGCCAUGCUCUCGCACUGCGCCAGGCAAAGCUAUUUUUUCCUCAAGUUCACUUGCUUGUUGGCGUCUGUGCAGACGAGCUCGUCCUCAAGCACAAAGCCCAGCCUGUCCUGACUUCGGCAGAACGAUAUGAGUCGGUCCGCAACUGCAAAUGGGUGGACGAAGUCAUCGAGGAUGCGCCCUGGGUCAUCGAUCAGGCCUUCCUCGAUCAUCACGGGAUCGAUUACGUGGCACACGACGAAGAACCAUACGCCAGCUCAGAUAGCGCAACAAAGGACAUCUACUCCUUCGUCAAGGAUCAAGGUAAGUUUUUGCCGACACGGAGGACUCAGGGCGUGUCCACCUCGGAGCUUUUGCAACGGAUCGUCGAAGGCUACCGCGAAGGAGCUUACGAUGGCAAGCUCAUCAAGAUCGGACAUCCCGAGCUCUCCUCGCGCGCUGUCAGCGAGACCGGCAGUCGUCGCAGUCGAGAUCAGGCAGAAACCCAUCAUUCGGGGGAGAGACUCCAAGUCAACGAUAUCGUCAUGGCCGACUAAACAAGCUGGGAAUGGAGCAGAUUCUGGGCGAUUGCAUGCUUGCCAGUAUAGGAUCCGGGGAUUGCAUGUAAAUCUUCGACAACAACAACAGCUUCCAUUUCAUGACUUGCUCGGGCUUGGAGCGUAAUCCUUCGAGAGAUCAAUCCCCAAGCUCUUGAGAUGCUUGUUUGUGAUCUUCACACGAGCACCCCGUUUUGACUUUUUGUUCUGAGCCGUAGUGCGGUCGAUGGGGUCCAGAAUGCUUGCUUUCUUGGCGGCCAUGAGCCCGGC